UGUCAUGGGCAGCGGGCGGGUAUAUAAGCCCAGGGUGCCUGCUGGGAGAUCAGAAUAAACCUCCACAAGGACAAACGCAAGCAGGGAAGCUCCAGAACCUUGAAGGAACGCAGCGAGAAGAAGGGCACAAACAUGGACAUCCAGACGGGUCAGGUAGUGCGGGCCCUGAGUCCCCUGGAGAGUCUGGAGAAGCAGCUGAGCUGUCCCAUCUGUCUGGACAUGUUCACCAAGCCUGUGGUCAUACUACCCUGCCAGCACAACCUGUGCCGCGGCUGCGCCAAUGACCUCUACGACUCCCGGAACCCCUACCACUUCUCGGGAGGGAUCUUCCGCUGCCCAACCUGCCGCUUCGAGGUGGUCCUGGACCGCCACGGUGUCUACGGGCUGCAGAGGAACCUCCUGGUGGAGAACAUCAUCGACAUCUACAAGCAGCAGCUGGAGAGCAGCGGCGGGGGCGAUGGCGAUGGAAACGAGCCACCUCUGAAGGCCAAAGACGCCAAGGAGCCCAUGUGCCAGGAGCAUGAGGACGAGCGCAUCAACAUCUACUGCGUCACUUGCCAGGUUCCCACCUGCUCAAUGUGCAAGGUCUUUGGCAAGCACAAGGACUGUGAAGUGUCCACCCUGAAGAACGUCUGCGAGGCGCAGAAGGCGGAGCUCAAAAACGCCAUCGACCUGCUGGCGGCCAGCAAGGGCUGCGUGCAGGCCACGCUGGCCCAGCUGGAGGACGCCAGCAAGGCCGUGGAGGAGAACAGCCAGCGGCAGAAACAGAGGCUGGGGGAGAAGUUCGACCUGCUCUACGCCAUCCUGGAGGAGCGCAAGGCCCAGCUGCUGGAGACGAUCAGCCAGGAGCAGGAUGAUAAGACGGCCCUGGUGCGAUCAUUGGUCCACGAGUACGGCCAGAAGCUGCAGGCCAGCACCACGCUGAUGGAAAAAGCCUCCCAGAGCCUGAACAACAGCAGUGUUGCAGAGUUCCUCAUCAGCGCCAAGCAGCUCAUCACGGAGGCUAAGGACACGGCGAAGAACUCCCAUAUACAGAGGCCGGAGCCCGGCUUUGAGAAGAUGGACCACUUCACACUGUUCACCGAGGACGUGGAGGCCAUGCUCGUGAAAAUGGACUUUGGAACAGGCGGCGAUGAAGAUGACGACGAUGACUAUGAAGAGGCCGAAGAGGAAUAAGGAUUUGUGAACUUUAUAGGAGACAAAGACUAUGGUUUUGUGGGAAAAGGUUAGAGAAAGGGAUUUAAAAACAAAAUGUUGAUAUACACCGUCAGUCGGGACACAGUCUAGCUGCUUUUGAAAACUGUGAUGAGUGUGUGCAAUCUUAACAAAGCAGUUUUGUACAAAGAAAUUGCACCAUUUCCACUUUUCCACUUGACUUUUUUACUUUUGUAUUUAUACAGUUGUUCAUAUUGAAUUAUUUUUUGAUAUCUUUAGUGUUCUGUAGAUGACAAGACUCACACUUGUACAUCCUGUGUUAGACUGCGCUUGAUGAGAUGAAGUCCAAGUUGGAUCCACUAGCUGUAGAAUACAGUUGAAACAACUGAGUGUCAGAUACUUGAAAAUGUUGCAUUAUGCACUUGACUUAUUAACUACUGUAGAAUAUUAUUUUCAUUGGAUAAUUCAGUGGGAAUAAAGUAUUUAAAAAAACAUCAA